CCGAUUCGUACGAUUUUUACCACGAUUUAGUCGAAACCCGCAUACGGAAUUCGCACCGGAAUAAAGAACAUCAAAGAAAGCCGCAAAGGAAAAAUAAGCGAGGUUUCAGCAAGUCGUCGUCUACUUCUAGAAACGGUUCUUCAAAGAGAAAGAAGAGUGGCCGCAACAAACGAAGUAAAGACGAGGCAGCUUCGAACAACGUGGAAGAUCUGGUCGUGGAAGAGUUUGUGAAUUGUGCGACGCAGAAAGAUCCGAAAAAAGCGGAGUUUUAUUCCCGAGGCUCGCGGUCGGGAUCUGUUG